GGAGCCAUCGAUGGAUUUCCCAGCUCUAGUUGAUGGCCCUGCCAGAAACAAACAAAAAUCGUAAAAACGUCUACAAAAGGCUUUAAAUAUGUCUUUUAACGGGACACGGGCAAUGAAAUUACAAAAUCCACAGCGAUGAAUCAUAGCGGAGCAGAAGCAAGAACGACAACAAACACAGCAACAACUGCAACGGCCGUGCCUUAAUAUCGAACGCCAAGCAAUACCACAACAACAACACACACCAUACACUCGCACAUCCGAAACCCAAACACACACACACACUGACACUCACUCACCAACAUAGACAAAAAAUGCCGCUGCUAAGCAAAUGUUUCCCAUGCUUCAAGUUUAAACGGCAAGAGGUCAUCCAGAUCUUGGACUACAGCAACACUCCUUUAACCGACUUCCCCGAGGUGUGGCAACAUGAGCGCACCCUGGAGGAAUUAUAUUUGAGCACCACCCGGUUGCAAACUCUGCCCCCGCAAUUGUUUUAUUGCCAAGGAUUGCGUGUUCUGCAUGUGAAUAGCAACAAUCUGGAGAGCAUACCCCAGGCCAUUGGCAGCUUAAAGCAAUUGCAGCACUUGGAUCUGAAUAGGAAUUUAAUUGUCAAUGUACCAGAUGAGAUUAAAUCUUGCAAACAUUUGACCCACUUGGAUCUUAGCUGCAAUAGUCUGCAACGUCUGCCAGAUGCUGUUACUUCGCUGAUAUCCCUUCAGGAGUUGUUGUUGAAUGAAACGUAUUUGGAAUUUCUACCAGCGAAUUUCGGUCGUUUGGUUAACUUAAGAAUUCUCGAGCUAAGACUCAAUAAUUUAAUAACAUUACCCAAGUCAAUGGUGCGUUUAGUGAAUCUUCAAAGAUUGGAUAUAGGAGGCAAUGAGUUUACAGAGCUGCCCGAAGUUGUGGGAGAGUUAAAGUCGUUGAAGGAACUGUGGAUAGACUUCAAUCAGAUAAGACGUGUAUCGGCAAAUAUUGGCAAAUUGCGGGAAUUGCAACAUUUUGAGGCAAAUGGCAAUCUAUUGGACUCACUGCCCAAUGAACUUAGCCAAUGGCGCAAUGUGGAGGUACUUUCCAUAUGUUCAAACAAUUUGGAGGCAUUUCCCUUUAGUGUGGGCAUGCUAAAGUCGCUGGUCACUUUCAAGUGUGAAUCGAAUGGUUUGAGUGAGUUACCCGACAGCAUAAGCUAUCUGGAGCAAUUGGAGGAACUGGUGCUGAGUCAUAAUAAGCUAAUGCGUCUGCCCAGCACCAUUGGAAUGCUGAAACGCUUGAGGUUUCUCUUCGCGGACGAUAAUCAGCUGCGUCAAUUGCCCGAUGAGCUGUGCAGUUGCCAGCAGCUGAGUGUACUGAGUGUGGCCAAUAAUCAGUUGUCGGCAUUGCCACAGAAUAUUGGAAAUCUGGGAAAGCUGCGUGUCCUUAAUGUUGUUAAUAAUUAUAUAAAUGCCUUGCCCGUGUCCAUGCUUAGCCUGGUGCAACUUACCUCACUCUGGUUAAGCGAUAAUCAGAGUCAACCAUUGGUGCCCUUGCAAUAUUUAGAUGCUUCAACCAAAACCCAAUUGACGUGCUUUAUGCUGCCGCAAGUGACAUUCAAAAUGAAUAGUAUACAAGCCCAACAGCAGGCCCAAGAGCAAUAUGAAUUUGUCUAUGCCAAUCAACAGCAGCCGCCACAUGUGAGUCCCUCACGUAGGAUAUGCUUUGCCGAGGAGGCAACCAUAUUGAGCAAUGUCAAACAGAAUCAAAGUCAGGCCCAGCCUCAGGUGGUGGCAGUUGCUGUUGCAAGCACACCAACUGCAGCGUCCUCUGGGGCAGCGCCACAAUAUCCCACUUAUCCCACGCCCGAACAAAUGGCCGGUUCGGUGAGAUUAAUGCGUUCGCCCACUCCCUAUCCCAAGGAACUGCGGCAAAUGGCCAAAUAUGUUAGGCAAUCUCAGGCCCAGGCCAACGAGGUGCGUGAAGCUCGUGUGGUAGUGCCAAAUGGACAAAUGAAUCACUGUGAUAAUGCGGUUGCCCAGCAAAUAGGUGGAAUGGUGGAAGAUGUGGUCGAUCGGGGCAGUGCUAUCUAUGGUCAUCAGCCACCGCAGCCGCAACCUACGCAAGAAUAUUAUCCCUUGGUCAAUUAUGAGUCACACUAUCAGCAGCUCUACAUGGAGGCCACGCAUACGCCGCUGCCCACAACACAUUUGAAUGGCCAACAGGAAUAUGAAUUGCAGCCGUUGCAGCAACCAACCGCAGCGGGGCCUCCUCCACCACGUCUCGAGCCACCGCCAUAUCAUAUAGCUCGUGUUUAUACCAAGAAAUCCCCCGAGGAUCUAACCCUCUAUGAGUCCAUGCGCCAGCGUAAGCAACAGCAAUUGGAUGCCUUGAAUAGUAAUUUCAAGACGACAGCCAUUGGGAGCCAGAGCAGCCCCGAUGGACAGCAAUUAGAUUACCAAAACAAUAUUAGCCUAACGGAGAAUGGUUUAGAUGAGGAGCACAGCCAACAACAUUUGGAAUUAGAGAAGUCUGCUGCUGGUGACGAUUUGGAUAUGGAGGAAACCCUAUCACAAAACUCAAUGAACUCAACGGCCACGAAUAAUACCUCCUACAGGAGUGGCGGCAAAAAGUCAACAUGGAUAUUUGGUGUGCACAAGAAUCCCACAGUGAAACAAGUUACCCUUAAAUGGGAGCAUAGUCUAGGCUUUGAUAUAGCCGAGCUGAUCAAUCAGGUGGGCAUAUUUGUUAGCUCUAUAACACCGAAUUCGAAUGCCGCCCGACUAUUGAGCCUUAACGAUAAGCUACUGGAAAUCGAUGGAUAUGACCUGACCAAUGCCAAUCUGAGCGAUGCCAAACGUAUUUUACUCAACUGCGGUAGUGUUAUCAACAUAAUGUUGUCAAGGAAAUGAGAUGGACCAAAUUUCCCCUUCCCCCAAUGAAAAACAAAAAAGCAGUAACAACCAUUUGUACUAGAAAAAAAAAGAAAUAUCUCCCUCCCCCCCAUCACGAGACCGAAGACUUUUUGUGCAUUUCUUUUCUAACCAAGCAUUUUCGCUAAACAAAUCCAAAAAAACAAACAAAAACCCAUUUCAAAUGCCAUAAAACAUAUAGAUACACUGGUGGCUCAAACAUUAAACAUAAAUGUAUUAUUUAACUUAAUGGCAGCUAUUUAUUUUUUUGAUUAAGCGAAAAAAGUAUUUAAACAAUAAGACUCAAACAAUUUGCCUUCCUCCAAUAUGUUAUUAAAUGCCUUACUUGGACUGUAUUUAGUUAAAUAAUUAUUUUCUAUGUAAAUACUUAAGUAACGAUCAAGCAAUAUUAAUUUGUAAUUAAUUAAAUUA